AUGCCCUCGCACAAGGGCGGCGCCGUCAGACGCGCCGCGCGCUCCCCAACGCAGUCACAAUACGGCAGGCGGCUCAGAUCUUCGGUGUACCGAGCUCUACGGCUGCUCUCGGACGACGAAGACGAUGCCAUCGCCGCCUAUGUGAUAUGGCUACAACGCUCUGGCUUCCCAGCGAGCAAGAUACAGGUCGAAUCGGCCGCUCUAAUGCUCCUUCAGCGCCGUAACCCCAACGCGAAGCCACCAGGCAAAAACUGGUAUCGUCGUUGGCUUCAGGACCACCCAGAGCUUCGAACCACAUAUUUAAAGGCCGUAGAGAAGUCCAGGAAGGUAUUUGAGGCCAGCGAUGUGUCAUACGUCGAGAAGUUCUUCUCAAGGCUCAAGGAGAUCGUCAGCUCGUACGGAAUCGGCCCCUCAGAGGUCUGGAACGAAGACGAGUGCGGCAUCCGUAUUGGAAGUCUACGAGAACACAUUCACGUCGUUAUAUCUUGUACGCUUAUUGCCGCUGCCAACGCGUCUUGGGCCGAGAUCAACGCCCCCGACGAUAUACGAUUCGCACGAUCCGACACAGGCUUCAGCAACAGCGAAAUAACGUUUGAUUGGAUACACCAGUUUAAUGUAUGGUCUUGGAAGCGGUCUGCCCGUGCCCAACGCACCGGAAAGACCCUCGAGGAGUGGUUUGGUAUAGAUGAGUGGUGUAGAGAGCCCGAAUAUCCCUUCCUCGAGGCGGAGCCACGCCUUAUCCCGGAAAACGAGCGAAUUCAUCGUCUUCUCGUCAUCGACGGCUUCACGGGGCAUACAGGCCUCGAUUUCAUCCAAUAUUGCAUCAAAUUUGACAUCAUCGUCGCGGUGUUCCCUCCACAUUCAACGCAUAUCCUUCAGCCGCUCGAUGUAGGCGUUUUCCAGCCUCUUAAGCACGCACAGCAGAAAAUUCUACAUAAAUUCAUCGAGUCAGGGGAGCUGAACUUCACGAGGCACGAUUUCCUCGAGUCUUUCUGGGAAGGGUUCAAAGAGGGCUUCGCAGCGUGUUAUAUCAUAGGGGGCUUCGAAAAAACGGGCAUCUACCCUCCCACAGAGCAGCCGGCAAUGGAGAAGCUCGUGGCCGAGCAGCUGAAGCACAAGAUUCUAAGCUCUCCGACGCGUGGCAGGCUUUCCAACGUCUCCCAGACCGUCACAGAGGCAUCUCUUCUUGGCUCUACACUGGCCAAGUACUAUAGAGACCGCCUACAACGCAUCGAGAAGAUAAGCAGCCGCCCGAGGCGCGGCAAGGCUGUCAAGGCUGCCGAGGGCACUUUCUACACUAGCUGA